CUGGAUAGUACAAAUUAAUAUUUGUAAAGUAAGUAAAUUUGCUGAUUACGUAUAUCAAUCUAUCUUGCGCCAUAGACUUGGGGAAGAAUCUGAUAUAGUUCAUGACAAGUAGGUGGGGCGAGCGUUUAUUGACAAGAACCUGUUUUGUCGAUUGACAAGUGAAGAAAAGAGGAUAAAUCAUUUCUUCAUUUCUUCCCUUUUCUUCAGUCUUCAUAGGUCCCCUUAUAUUCAAGGAAAAAAACAAACUCCCAAUUUGUACCAUGUACGAAUCAAUAGUCUUAUAUGUGGCUUCAAUUUUCAAUCUCCAACGUCAAUAAUGUCUUGAUUACAUAUAUACGGUAUUGUUUUGAUGAUUGGAGAUGGUAAUUAUUAAGAAUAAUGCGUUUCAAUGGCUAUCUUUCUUUCUUCUUUUUUUUUUUUUCCCCCUUUUUUAUGAACGCAUUUAUGGCUAUGAUGAUUAUUUGUUGCACAUAAAUAUAUUGUAGAGUGGCUCAGAUGUUUAAUUUGUGCCUCCAAAACCUGAUUGCGAUGUAACUAAUGGAAUUUACCCUAGAUAAAAUGCCAAAACCAAUUUUUUGUGGCAUGUCAUGACCUUGAAUGGUCCCCCAUUUUUGCAGCACCAUUUCCCAACUUUAUGUUUUUGAUCGAUCGGAUUCAUUUCGCAUUGUACCUUGCACUGUCCGGCUAGCUAGCUGGCUGCCUCCUUCCUCCGUGAACCACCGGCAGUGGAGGGGCCACCACCCCCUUAAACUUCAACGGUCCCCUUAAGUAUAUGUAUGUAUAGCAAGAGCAAUGAUGAUUUCAAGUACCGCUUGUCCGCCAAUGGCACCUCAAAGAGGAAAACAAAAAAUCUAAUGGAGAUUCAAAUUUAUCUUUGGCGGUGACUUCAAUGUCUAAGAGCACGUCUUCUUCCCGAACCAAGAUCUUCCUAAUGAAGUGCAGAAAAUUCUUCUCAAUUCCGAUCCUUUCGGUGCUUAUUUUGAUGGGUUUUGUUUAUUACAUCACAGUUUUCGUUUUUAUUCAUGAUUGGAUUGGGUUGCAGAGCUCAGCUAGAUUCUUAAAUGCCAUAAUCUUCACUUUCUUGGCUUUCCUCUGUCUCUUCUCCUUCUCCGUUUGCGUUCUCACUGACCCAGGUCAUGUUCCUGCUUCUUAUGUCCCUGAUGUUGAAGAUGCUGCUACCUCCAAUCAAAAACUCGCGAAAGAUGCUAAUGGUGUUCAAUUGAGGCCCUGUGACAAGUGUUCCACUUACAAGCCCCCUAGGGCUCAUCAUUGCCGGGUUUGUAGAAGAUGUGUGCUACGGAUGGUAUAAAAUUAUUCUUGCAAUCUUUCUAUGAGAAGAAUUCUGUUUUUCUUUUUCUUAUUUGGCCCCAGAAUCACUUAUUCUUCCUAUUCUGCUGCAGGAUCAUCAUUGUUUGUGGAUAAAUAAUUGUGUUGGUUACUGGAAUUAUAAGGCAUUUUUUGUUCUCAUAUUUUAUGCGACCAUGACAACCUUGUACUCUGUAGUAAUUAUUAUAGGCUGUGCAUGUCAAAAGGACAGUUACCAAGGACAAACCCCCCUCAAAAUUUUCUACAUUCUUUGUGGAACCAUGAUGAUUGCAUUAUCUGUGACACUUGGGACUCUCUUAGGUUGGCAUGUCUACCUAACUGCUCACAAUAUGACAACCAUAGAGUAUUAUGAAGGAAUACGAGCAGCGUGGUUGGCUAGGAAAUCUGGGCAAAACUAUCGACAUCCAUUUGAUCUUGGAGUUUACAAAAAUAUUACCUUGGUAUUGGGUCCCAACAUGCUGAAAUGGUUGUCUCCCUCAUCACUUAGCUAUCUAAAAGACGGAACUAGCUUCCUCACUUCACGUGAUAGUUCAUAAUACCCAUGUGGCUUUACUCUAGUGACAUUCCCACUUGUUACUCAGAAAUGAAGGACUUCGGAUGUUCAUCUUAUCAUGUUGUUCUGAUGGCAGAAAUAUGGACCGCCCCAGGUGAGUUUUUGGAUUGGUAUUUGUGUUACAUCGAUAGCCAGAUAAAUCAAUAUAUACAUCCUCCUUUUUUUCUUGCUACCCUUUCGGUGUUAUCAUAGUUACAACUCAUGGUAGGAUGUAGGAAAUGACAUUAUGAUUUGUAUAUUAAUUCUUUUUCAUGUAAUACAUACGUUAGUUCAUGUAUGGUAGCACAACUCAAAUGA